AUGAGUAAGGAUAGUUUGCCUAUGUUCAAGUUUAUUGUUGUUGGUGAUCAAUGUAAUAGGAUAUGUCAGACUUAGCUGUUGGCAAGAGUAGUUUUGUUAAAUAAUAUUCGGAUGGCCAAUUUUCUUGAAGGGAUGAAUAGAGCAACAAUUGGUGUGGAAUUUAUUAAGAAGUUGGUCAUAGUCGAUAAGCGGAGAGUGGAGCUAUAAAUAUGGGAUACUGCAGGAUAAGAAUAAUUUAGAAGCAUGAUCAAGAGUUUUUAUCGUGGAGCUGCGGCAGUUUUUGUGUUAUACAGUAUCAAUUAAAGAGACUCAUUUGAGAAGUUGCAAGAAUGGUUAAGUGAGUUGCACGAGAGUGCUCAUGAGGAGAUUGUCAAAAUUCUUGUGGGGAAUAAAUCAGAUAUGGAACGCUGUGUUCAAAAGUAGGAGGCUGAGAAAUUCAUGAAUGCGAACAAUUUUAGUUUGUUUUUUGAGACAUCUGCGAAGACUGGGGAGAAUGUAGAAAAAGCUUUUGUGGAGGCUGUGAAAUUAGUGAUAAUGAGGAUGUUCACGAGUGAUUCCUUUAAAAAUUCUAUAAAAACAACAAAGAAGACUCCGGCGAGUUCGAAAUAGAACACAAGCAGAAGUGAUCAGCCAAUUUCAGAGGUGUCACAAUUGCCUUCAAAACCAAUUCAAUUGUAAUCCAAUCAUACUUAAGACAAUCAUCAUGCAAAGAAGCAAUGCUGUUGA